AAACACAUACAAAUAGGCAUGAUACUAAGAAUGAAAUUAAAGUCUGAACACUACUUAUUUGUUUACAAUUAUACCCAUUAUUGCAAAACAUAUAUACAGACUGGUUUUGUCCUGUCAUGAUAAUGUCUCUGUAAAAUAAUUUUAAAAAUUGACUAUAAAAAAUUGCAACCAGACUGUGGCAUAUUGAAAGUUUCAUAGCCAACUUGAAGAAAAAGUAAGUUUUGCAGACUGGUUUUAUGUUGAUGGGUUGCUUUGUCAGUUAGACAGUCUGUAAAAGCUGUUAAAAGCUUGAUGGAGAAAACUACUUUCAAAUUGCAAAGGUGAUUAGAUUGAGCCGUCAAAUAUGUUGUCACUAUGAUCUAUUAAUGUGGAAUUGGAACACUGUUUCGCAUCUCCAGUGGUUCACACAUUCCUGGGGUAUUUUCCAUAGAAUAUUAUUAGCUGACAAAAUGGUUUGUGGUAUUAGUGAGGUAUGUGAGAAAGUGGUGUGUGGAAUAAGUGAGGUAUGUGAGAAAGUGUUGUGUGGUAUAAAUGAGGUAUGUGAGAAAGUGGUGUGUGGCAUUAGUGAAGUUUGUGAGAAAGUGGUGUGUGGUAUAAGUGAGGUAUGUGAGAAAGUGUUGUGUGGUAUAAGUGAGGUAUGUGAGAAAGUGGUUUGUGGUAUUAGUGAGGUAUGUGAGAAAGUGUUGUGUGGUAUAAGUGAGGUAUGUGAGAAAGUGAUGUGUGGUAUAAGUGUGGUGUGUGAGAAAGUGGUGUGUGGUAUUAGUGAUGUAUGUGAGAAAGUGAUGUGUGGUAUUAGUGAGGUAUGUGAGAAAGUGGUGUGUGGUAUUUGUGAGGUAUGUGAGAAAGUGGUGUGUGGUAUAAGUGAGGUAUGUGAGAAAGUGUUGUGUGGUAUAAAUGAGGUAUGUGAGAAAGUGGUGUGUGGUAUAAGUGAGGUUUGUGAGAAAGUGGUGUGUGGUAUAAGUGAGGUAUGUGAGAAAGUGAUGUGUGGUAUAAGUGAGGUAUGUGAGAAAGUGGUAUAUGGUAUAAGUGAGGUAUAUAAGAAGAAAGUGGUGUGUGGUAUAAGUGAGGUAUGUGAGAAAGUGGUAUAUGGUAUAAGUGAGGUAUGUGAGAAAGUGGUGUGUGGUAUAAGUGAGGUAUGUGAGAAAGUGGUGUGUGGUAUAAGUGAGGUAUGUGAGAAAGUGGUAUAUGAUAUAAGUGAGGUUUGUGAGAAAGUGAUGUGUGGUAUAAGUGAGGUAUGUGAGAAAGUGGUAUAUGGUAUAAGUGAGGUAUGUGAGAAAGUGGUGUAUGGUAUAAGUGAGGUAUGUGAGAAAGUGGUGUGUGGUAUUAGUGUGGUUUGUGAGAAAGCUCUGGUUAUUGUAACAUUUGAUGUAUUUAGCAAGUCAGAUCUUUGAGGGGGUACCUUUAGAUAUUACAUACCACAAAUUGAAAAACUUCUGAACAAAGAAUUUUUCUUUUGAUUUCAACUAUGAAUUCAACCUCAGCUAUCAAUGAAAACUCGUCCUUAUCAUGAUAAUUUUGCAUCUUACAAAAAAUACUAUUUGGUCACACUCACUUUUUCA